AUGACGCACCAAGUGCCCGACUGGGCCACCACCACCAACACCAACAUUAACACGACGGAAGAGGGUGAUUCUUCAAAGAGUUUUCAAUAUGAAGAUUUUGGUCUACUUCCUGAUUCUGUUGUCCCUCAUCCUCAAACUGAAACUGAAACUGAAACUGAUCAUGAUUAUUCUGUUUGGAAUAUUAAUACUAGUGCUAGUGGUGCAACUGGAGCAGCAGAAGAUCAUAAUCACAAGUGUUUUCAAGAAAUAUUUGAAUUCUUGUCCAAUAUUCAGCUUGAACCAACAAUUACACCCAAUGCUAUUCUUUCAUCCGACAAACACUUUGUAUGUGAUUUCGACAAGGGAGAAUCGUCCAGUGGACUAAAAACCACCUCUCGUUUUAUGGUCUCUGAGACAAAAUCAGUGUCUGGAGAGGGAAUUAAGCCCAAAAGAACACGUGCUGCCGAACUACAUAAUAUGUCUGAGAGGAAGCGUAGGAAGAAAAUCCGGGGGAAGCUGGGAGCAUUGCAGCAACUUAUACCCAACUGUAACAAGGAUGAAAAUCCGGGUGAUGAUGACUGUGUAGAUUAUGCUGCUGACUAG